UUUCUCAUUGCAGCAGAUCAAAACAGCACCGUUUAAAAACACGUAUAGGAAAUUCAGAAGCAAGCAACCCAGCACAAACUUUUUUUUAUUAAUCUUUAUUUGUUUUUGCACGAAUAUGAUAACAUAUCAGUGAUAAAGUACCAAUGCUGUGUUAGCUAAAAAUCUAAUAAAAGGGCAUUUGCAUAAACCUGAAGACAUUUCAAUCGUAUAAUGAAGUCGAUUCUUAUUGCGCAGUAAACGGUAGGUGGCGGUAUGUUUCUGUGGCGCUCCAUCCUCUAGUAUCUCAAAGAAGAAGAACAACAAAGAAAUCCUGUAAACACUCGUGGAUGUAUGUACAGGUCAGCAAGUCGCAUCAUAUAAUUGUUCAUUUUAGCUUUGCUCAGAAAGGUUAGCAUGUAUGUCAUGUGCCACGAACAUUUAUGACAUUGAAAGAAAGCAGAAGAAAACAGUCUAACAAACGGAUUUUGUUCCCAUGAAUACAAUGUUUGACCUAAAGUGCGAAAGCUCUUCAGGUGAAGAGGAAGAGACGGAGGGAGGAGAGUCCAGUUUAACAGCACAGAUAUCCAGAUGUGCGAAUGUAUCCUCAGCGGAUUUAGACGAAUUAGAACACAACCGGAACGAAUCUAGUACUGUAAAGCAAACUGUAUGGGCUGUGAACUGUUUUAAAGCCUGGUUACGUGAAAAGCAGCUGACGAUCGACUUUAAAACCGUCGAGAAGUCGGAUCUAAACCCGGUGCUGCGCGAGUUUUAUGGCUCUAUUCGGACGAGCAAAGGCGAGUUGUACGGCAUCAGCAGCUACGUCGGGCUUCGUGCUGGAUUGAAUCGGUUCAUCAAUGAACCUCCCCUCAACCGUGUGUGGAAUCUGAUGCAGGACACCGAGUUCAGGGCCGCCAAUAAUGUUUUCAAAGGCGUCGUUAAGCAGAUCCGACGCUCAGGUAGAGAUAUAACAGCACAUUACCCCCCGAUUUCACCUGAGGACCAGCACCUACUGAAGCAUUCUCCUGCACUGGACCCUGGCAACCCGAAAGGCUUAUUAAAUAAGGUCUGGUACGAUAUCCAGUUACAUUUCGGACUCAGGGGUAAGGAGGGCAACCGACACCUGCAGCCAGACGCGUUUGCUCUGAACCGAGACCAAAGCGGAUUCAAAUACUUCACGAUGACAUUACACGAGGACACGAAAAACAUGCAGGAAAAGGACAAGAAAAACCGCAGGGCUAUGUAUGAAGAGCCCGGCAAUCCGCUGUGCCCAGUCGCAUCUCUGGAGAAAUAUCUGAGCAAGAUUCCCGCCGACGCAAAAGCGCUGUAUCUGCAGCCCAAAAGGAUGUAUGUGAUCACCGAUGAGAUGUGGUAUACUCCACUUCCAUUGGGAGUCAAUUAUCUGUCCCAAAUGCUGCCCAAAAUAUGCAAAGAGGCCGGCACGAGAACGAUAUACACUAACCACAGUCUGAGGCUCACUGCGAUUCAAAGACUGACUGAGUCGAGGGAGAUCAUGGCGGUGUGUGUGAGUGUUCCAGUUGAGAUUAACACUCAGUGGCAGCAGCAGCAGCCGGAAUCCACUCCAUACUCCCCCAGCAGUGAACUGGACUCCAGCUCUGCCAGACAGGAGAGUCCCGUGAGCAGCCACAGUUGGGUGAAACAGGAACCAGAGCCUGAAGCCAUCCAGUGGGAAAAUAAGAACUCCGAGGCUGCCAUUGAUUUUGAGAAGGACAAAAAUCUGAACAGUGCUGUCACUACGGUACCUUCGAUGGAGGGUUUACCCAGCAGUGUUAUGCUGACCAUCACCAAACUUCAGUGCCUACUGGAGAGCAAACAGGAGAGGAUUGAAGCUCUGGAGAGACAGGUGCAGGACCUACAGGAGGAUCGCAGGUUCCUCCGCUCACAGAUCGAGAACCUCACUGGUGCUCGCUUGGUUUCAGUGCCUGAAGCGAGCACAUCAGUGUUCUCUCAGUCCAGGUCAAGGAAAAGGCGGCGUAAAAGCUCGUCCAGUUCAUAUGUUGAAGAUGAGAGCAUUACUGAUGAAUCUUCAUCUGAAGAGUCCAGCAGCGUCAGAAAAAAAAGACGCCAUAAGAAGAAAGGAAAGAGAGGGUGUGUUCCUCAUUGUGACUAGGUCUCGAUCAGCCUUUAUCAAGAAGAAGAGCAUGAAUACGGCUUUCUGCCCAAGUGCGUCACUGAAGUUCACAGGGCCCGGGACAGUUUUUUACGAGCGAGCGUCCGUAUGCCCAGGAGCACAGUAGCCUAUACCAUAAAGGACCUAAUUUGGGCCCUCUAUCAUGGCCGAUCAUGGCACGCUCCUGGUUGAACCCUCCCUGACAACAUCCCCAACAUGGCCCUCAUAGCAGAACUGCACCAGGCUGCUAACAAAUCUGUUUGUCUGGUGGGUUUGAUCAGGCCUUGCGGCAUAAGUCAGCUACGCCCAGAAGUGUGUUCCCUCUCCACAGCAGAGCAGUUCAGUUUGUAAUUCAACAACCCAGAAAAGAUUAAUCAUAUCUGAGCCUUGCUUAGGUGGGGUUUUGAUUUCUGAGUACAUAUGAGUGUGGUCAUUUUGUUGCUUUAAUAACGUAAGUUGGUAAUUACAAUUUUUCAAAUGUAAACUUACGUUCUUAUACUCAUGUAAACAAUGAUUUUCAUUUGAAAACUGCUAUUCUGAAAACCAUCAGUAAAACCCUAACACCCUGAUGAAGUCUUCCGGGUUGACCUACCAAUUGAUAUCACAACUGAACAGCCUUGCGUACAGGAUGGAGCAGAUGAGAUCCAGAGAGCUGGCCUAGCACUGCUAUAAAAACAAGAGCAUUCUCCAUGACUGAACACUAGAGGUCGCUCUAAUACCAUCGUUGAGUGAAAAUGGUGCUGGAAGGAAAUAAAGUAGUGAGUGACAUUUGAAAUGUGUUGAUGCAUAUCAUAUAUCUGUUUACUCUCACUAGUUUUAUUACUGUGUACUGUCUGUACUUCUCUUUGAAGUUUUAAGCGGUUUGUGUAAUAAAUACACAGAUCACUUAAGAGCUAUUUUACCUUACAUUACAUUCUUAAGUUGCACAUAUUGUUGCGUGCAGUAGCUGGAACAGACCAUUCAGUCCACUCACGAAGCAUAGAUAGGGCUUGUAUGUUUGAGAUGAUCAUUUUAUGUGUUUGUUUACAGAAAUCUCUACCAAGGUUAUAUUGUCACAAAAUGUCACCGUGUUCCUUUAUGUCAGGGUUCUUCAUAUCUGGCCCCUCAAGUUCCACCGUCCUAUAGCGUUUAGCUUCAACCUGAAUCAAAUACCCCCGAACAAGCCGAUCCAGAGGUCUUUACAGGCUGGUGAGUUGGAUCAGGGUUGGAGCUGAACUCUGCUGGACCGUGGCCCUCAAGAGCCAGAGUUCAAGAACACUGCUUGUGGUUUUUAUGUUUGAAACAUUUGUUUUCAUCCUUCAUUUGUUUCAUUAGUUUUUAAAAUGUUUAAAAAUGCCUGUCUGCCAAGUUAUUUAACAAUUAAAGGUGCUGCAAGAGAUUUUAGCUAUUUUUCUAACAGAAAACAUGCUCUCUAAACCAAGGUCUUCAACCAUCUAUCUAUCUAUCGGUUCUCGGUUGAGCGGUUGACUCGAGGACCGUACUGACUCAGUCCUAUUCGUGAAGGAAGCGUUCAGUCCAGUUGUGAACCAGUUUAGCUAAUUAUUUGAGUAGAACCGACAAAAAAAAGUCUAGUUGGUGUAACCGUGCUUAAAUGAUAACUAAAACGUGUGUGUGUGUGUGUGUGUGUG